AUGUAUUACAUUUCUCAGGCAAUGUCUUUCCUAUCAACUUUCCUUAUUUUUGCUCAAAUAAUUUUAAUGGUAACUCCAAAAAUUCACAGAGAUCUUUCUACUGAUCAUAUUUACUCUCUCAGAACAGAUUUAGUUAAUGUCUCGCUAAAUUUUCUUAUCAAUCAGCCAUGCGAAGUCCUACAUCUUGACAUUUUAGAUUCAAUUGGUCAUAAGCAGCUUUUAGUUAACGAUACACUCAAAUGGAGAAGGGUAAAUCAAGAAAAAGGAUUUAUGGAACUCUACAACAAGAAAAAACAAUGUCAUUCUUGCUAUGAUUUUUAUGAUAACAGAUUCUGUUGCAACGGCUGCGAAAAGCUCAAAGAAAUUUACCACUCUAACAACAAAACAGCCACCCCUGAAAAUUGGACUCAAUGCAAGCCAGAAAACAAACAAAAAUUUGAUCCGAACGAAAAGUGCCAUGUAAAAGGUAAAAUCAGUGUUAACAGAGUUCCUGGCAGCUUCCACCUUGCCAUCGGCCAGAGCAUUGAAGACUACGGCCAUCAGCACAUUUUAUUAGACGAUUAUCAGACAAUAACCUUCGACCACGACAUUAUCGACCUCCGAUUUGGUGCCAACAUCCCUAUGACCUCCCAUCCUCUCCGCGGGACCCAUAUUAAAUCAACAGGGGAGCCUCUUGCAACAGAAUACAAUUUAAUUAUCACUCCGAUCGUUUUCUACGCCGAUGGACAGUACAUCGAGAAGGGAUUCGAGUACGUCUACUUCUACUCCAUGACUUACCAUCUAGUUCCGGGAAUCUACUUCUAUUAUUCUUUCACACCGUAUACAAUCGCUGUUACGUGGCAGAGCCGCAGCUUCAGGUCAUUCCUCAUCUCGACUGGAGGGCUUCUGUCCGGAAUUUACGCGAUUUUCUCAAUGGUUUCCACAUUUUUGGAAAAAUCUGACCAGAAGAAGAAAAAGGUAGAGACAAAGGCUGAGGCUGUCGCAGAAAAGCCGGAGCAAAAAGUUGCUGCAAAUUAA